AUGGACUCGGCACCGAUAUCUAUCAGCGAUGAGGAGAUUACUGAACAGAUACUAGCAAUAGAAAGUAGUGUAAUGUCAGAGACCUGUAGUGUCACAGAAAUAGCACUUCGAAACUCUAAAGACCUGGCGAUCGCACCGGUAUUCCCAGUGAUCAGGGAUUAUCACUCGUGGAACCAAUUGGAGUCAAUCCGUAUAAGAGAACUGUUGAGUGCAUCCAAUAUUAGGGACGACCCGUUGAGUAAACAUGACUUAAAAGUCUAUACAUUUAAGCAAAUGAUGUGCGAAACUGGACACCGAAUGGAGGACUGGAUUAAGGAUACAAUAAGUUUCGCCAAAAGUCUCAAUGGAUUCAAGAGUUUCUGUGCCGACGAUCAGUGGACUCUCGCUAAGAAUGGAUGCAUUGAAAUGUGUUUAAUGAGAAACGCGUUGGAUUAUAAUGAUGAGGGGUGAUAACAAGUCAAUUUUAUUUGAUCUGGAAUUGUUAAAUUUUCAAGAUUUCCCUUAUUUACAAACUUUAAAGCUAAUUCUGAACAGAUUGUUGCCUGAAAUCAAACACGAUUUAAUUAUUAUUAAUUUGUUAACAACAAUAAUACUUUACAACCCUAACCGCCCGAAUCUCAUACAUAAACAAAGUAUUAAACUCGAGCAACAACUUUAUAUUUAUUUACUGCAACGCUAUCUACUAAUGAAGUGUCGAUCGGAAUACGACUCGCAUUCAAAACUAUUGAAACUAUUAAACCCUUUAAUUGAUUUAAACAAUUUAAAAGAAAUGCAAUUAAUGGUCGGAAAGGCUGAAGAUUUUAAAGAAUGCAUCCCUUAUUGUGGACCACUGACCAGGGAGAUAUAUGGUUUUGAAAUAUGAACAUAUUUGUGUAAUAUAACAUUUAAUUGUGUUCAAAAAAUCAAUAAAAUUUGUCUAUAUAAAAUUAUCAUUGCUUACUACAUUAUUCUUACAAU